UUGUCGCUUCCGGCCUUGGGAGAAGACGUCACUUCCGGCGCUGGGCCCGGCGCUGCGGCGCUCUCAGAAACGGCACCGGCACCUCGGCAUUGCUUCCUGCCAACGUGACAUCAUCGUUUUGAUGGAAUUGAGCUUUUUUCUCCCCGAAACCAUGCUGCCACCUUGAUACUGCUUUACACUGAACCUACGUCAUCGCGUUCACAGAUUUAACCUGUUUUCUCCCCAAAACCGCUCCAAACCUGCGCCAUCCCCUCCGCGUCGCUUUGCACCACAAUGGCAUCACCACCUUGACCGAAUUCAGCUGCUUUCUCCCCAAAACCCCUUCAAACACCUUGGCGUCGCUUCCUACCAAAACCGCAUCAUCAUCUUGACAAAACUGAGCUGUUUUCUCCCCAAAACUGCUUUAAACCCCACGUCAUCCCCUCAGCAUCGCUUCCUGCCGAAAUGACAUCAUCAUCUUGACAGAAUUGAGCUGUUUUCUCCUCGAAACCGCUUUGAACCUGCAUCGCCGCACCUCGGAUGUUACAUUCCUACUAAACCCGCUCGCCGCCUCAACAGGUUUAAGCUCUUUUCCCCAAAAAAACCCUCUUCAAACCCUCCCAAACCUGAGCUCAGCCGUCAUCGUCAGCCCCCCCAAAUCUUUAGGGGGGUCAACGGCGUCGCCGCCAUGUCGGGGACCGACCCCCUGGAGACGUUACGGGUGGAAGCGAGUUGUUCCGUCUGCCUGGAAUAUCUCCAAGAUCCCGUCAUCAUCGAGUGCGGUCACAAUUUUUGCCGUCGUUGCAUCACCCGCUGGUGGGCCGAGUUGGCGCGCGAUUUUCCCUGCCCCGUCUGUCGUAAAACUUCCCGCCAUCGUGCUCUUCGACCCAACCGCCAACUCGGCAACAUGGUAGAAGCCGCUCGGCAACUUCGCGGAGCUAAAAGGAAAACCAGGGAGGAAAGCCUUUGCCAAGCUCACGGUCAAGUUCUGGCUCGUUUUUGUCGCGACGAUCAAGCUCCCGUUUGUCUGCUCUGCGAGAUCUCCCACGCGCAUCGCGCCCACGUCCUCGUCCCCCUCGACGAUGCGGCUCUCGAGUACAAGGAGAAGCUGCAGCGCUGCCUGGAGCCGCUGGAGCGGAAGCUGGAAGCUGUCGCCGGCUGCCGAGCGCGGGAGGAGAAAAAACCGAGCGAGUUGAAGAGGAAGGUGGCUCUGCGUCGGGAACGCAUCGCCCGGGAAUUUGAGGAGCUUCACCAGCUGCUGGAGGAAGAGGAGCGGCUGCUGCUGCGACGGUUGGAGGAGGAAGAGCGCGAGAUCCUGCAGCGGCUUCAGGCCAACCUGGCUCAGCUCGGGGAGCAGCGCCGGGUCCUGGCCGCCCUCGUGGCCGAGCUGGAGGAGAAGUGUCUGCAGUCGGGCGCCGAGAUGCUCAAGGACAUCAAGGACACCCUGGCCAGGUGUGAAGCGGCGACGACACCAGUGGAAGAACCGGCAUCCGUCCCCAUCGAGCUGGAAAAAAACUUCUGCAGUUUUCCCCGGCAAUAUUUCACCCUCCGGAAAAUCACCCGGCGCCUCAUCGGCGAAGUGACGCUGGAUCCCGACACGGCUCAUCCCAACCUGGUUUUAUCGGAAGAUCGGAAAAGCGUUCGUUUCGUGGAAGUUCGACCCCGGGAUUUACCCGAUACCCCGCGACGUUUCACCAUCUACCCCUGCGUUUUGGCGACGCAGGGUUUUACCUCCGGUCGUCAUUACUGGGAGGUGGAAGUCGGCGAUAAAACCCACUGGGCUCUCGGCGUUUGUAAGGAUUCGGUGAGUCGAAAAGGGGAAUUAACGCCGUUACCGGAGACGGGAUAUUGGCGGGUACGGCUCUGGAACGGCGAUAAGUACGCGGCCACCACCACCCCCUUCACGCCGCUGACGGUGAGGGUGAAACCCAAACGGGUCGGGGUCUUCGUGGACUACGAAGCCGGGAAAGUGGCUUUUUAUAACGUCACCGAUCGCUCCCACAUUUACACCUUCACCGAUACUUUCACCGAAAAGAUUUGGCCGCUUUUUUAUCCCGGGAUCCGCGCCGGCAGGAAAAACGCGGCGCCUCUCGUUAUCCGUUCGCCUACGGAUUGGGAGUGAGGGGGGAAGCGGCGCCGGCGGGGUUUGGCUUCGUGGUAUUUGGUAGCUUCGGGGUCUGGCGCUGCCGGGGUUUGGCGCUCUGAUAUCCGGCACUGCUGGGGUUUGGCUCUCCGACGUCUGGCACCACCGGGAUCCGGUGAUCCAGCAGCUCUGGGGUUUGGCGCUCUGACAUCUGGCACCACCGGGAUCCGGCGAUGCGGCACGGCUGGGAUUUGGCUCUCCGAAAUCCAGCACUGCCAAGGUUUGGCAAUCCGGCACCACCAGCAUUUGGCGCUUGGACAUGCAGCACCGCCAGCAUCUGGCGCUCCGGCACCACCGGGUUUGGCUCCCCGACAUCUGGCACUGCCGCCGGGGUCCGGAGCCGUGGCACAGACGGGAUUUGGCUCUGGCACCUCCAGCAUCCGGUGCUCCAGCACAGGUGGGGUUUGGCGCUCUGGCAUCCGGCACCACCGGGAUUUGGCUCUCCGGCACCACCAGGCUGUCGCUCUUUGCCGUCGGCUCUGCCGUGGCCCGGCUCACCGGCACCCCCGGGAGCCGCGUCCCCGGUGUCGCCACGGCCGGGGUGGGGCUCCCGGCAGCGGCCAGAUCCGGCUCGGUGCCAGAUCAGCGGGUGCAGCUGCUGCCGCCGCUGCCUGCCCGCUGCCUGUCCCGGGGAGCCCCCCGCUGCCUUCUCCUGCCCGCGGUGCUGCCUGCCCUGUGCCCCUCGCCGGCUCCGUACCCCCGUGGCUCUGGCCGUCGAGAGUCGCAUCGCCCAGCGUCUGGCUCGGGGAACCCCCGGCCCCCCCCGCCGGCAGCAGCGCCGCAGCCUGGGGGCCCAGCUCCGAGCCGACGCCGCCCCCCCGCGCCCCCCAUCUCCGGAGGAGGAGCCCCCUGGGAUGGUGGGGGGGGAGCCCCCCAAAAGCCACCCCCCCCUCCUCCUCCUCACUGACACCCCCCAAUAAAAGCCGGCUCCCCCCACAA